GGUUGCGCUAGAGUAGCGGCUUGAUCACUUGCAGAAGGAAAUCCGAAAAUUCCAAAAAUGUUGCUCUUUUUGUUUUCUUCUUAAAUAUGUUUGUUAAUCAAGUAUUAUAAUUUUAUUCUCUUGGUUAGAACUUUCGGCUUCGUUUAUUUAAUUCUACUAAAAUGAAAUUCCGUCUACGCAAUCCUAAGCCUAAUGAUGCAAGUGCUGAAUUAUUGCAUCAUAUUAAAAAAAUACAAUAGUAUCAAAUGAAGAAGCAAAUAUCUUGUCACUUCAAAAUAUUUAGAAGUUAAUGUGAUGCUACAACAGAUGAAGACCAAAAGUUUUGUUGGUCUCUUAGCAUGUAUUAUAGCAACAAGUAUUAUUGUAUGCCUUUAUGGAGAUCCAAAACCUUCUAUCCAUGAAAUUGUUACAGAAACACAUCGACAGUUAUCACAAUUAAAAAAAUUAAAAGUUGUAGCACCAGUACAAAAAGAUCCUGUUCCAGAAGAAAGAUAUUUAAAAUCUCUUGGAUUCACUGAUAAUCCUAGAUUAUUUCCCACAAAUGUUUGGAAUAAUGUCUCUCUUCCAGUGUUUGUGACAGCAGUAGCUUCCGGUGAUAGUGAACUUACAAUUGAAUUUAUUAAGUCACAUCAGCACUGUUUUCCUAAUCAUGUAUUAUUAAUUUAUGACAUUGGCCUAGAUACAGAAGAAUUUUUACUGGUAAUAGACUUUUAUAAUUCUUUAAUAACAUGCAGUUUUUAUUGGUUAAUUUUUUUCAUGCAGGAAGUUUUAGAUCAAGCAGGUGCAGUUAUAUGGAUGGAUGUUAACUUCAAAAUUAUUUCCAGUCAAAUUGAUGGUGUGUUACAGAAGGCUCAAAAGGAAGGACUUGUUUCUUGGAGCAUUGAUCAACCAACAUCAACUCUAACUCAUCCUAAAAUGUUUGAUUAUUUUCAAACUAGACAAGAUAAUUUUUAUUUUCAUCGCAUGGUGGAACCCAGUCACAUAUUACUCUAUAAUACCGGACUUAUCCAUCAGCAUUUGAUGCUCCCUUGGGUGCAGUGUGCCUUGACACCUGAUUGUAUAGCUCCUAUUGGAGCUCAGAGUUCUGGAUGUCGAUUUGAUAAAAAGCCACUCUACAGAUAUUCUGGUUGUCACAGAUACGAUAUGUCUGCACUGAAUGUGAUAUUGGGGAUUAUGUUUGAUUACACUAACUGUUAUGUUGCUAGCAAUGAAGAUAAGUUCUUCCAAAAAGUUGAAGAGCGUUUAGAAAAUGAAAAUAUGCAAAAAGAUAAUACGACGAGCAUGGUUCACGAAGUAGUCCAGAUGAAAAAUGCAUAAAAAUUCUACAUUAUGUAAUUCAGAAGAUUUUGCUAUAAACUAGACUUGAGCCCUAAUAUCAACAAAUUGUAUGUCAUUUGGCAAAUUCCAUUGUUGCCUUAAAUGUCACAUUCAAAUAUUGCCAAAGAUAAGUGAAAAGUCAGAAGAGGGGAUUGAAAAUUUUUAAUUUGUUUUUUUAAUUGCCUGAAGUAAAAUUAUCAUUAUUUUUUUUUUAUUUUUAUUUUGCCAUAUGUAACUCCGUCCAUAUGUUUACAAACAUUCUGUUUACAUUUCAAUUUUCUAGUCGUCUACUAUAAAUCUUUUUCGUAUGUGGUACAUCAAAAUAACAUUUUUUCUCUUUGGAUAAGUCUUAUUGUGAAAAUAGGUAUGAAGAAAAAAUUGAGACAUUUUCUACUAUAGACAAACUUAAACUUAUAAAUGAUCAUAUAAAAAUUUUAAUAUCCAUUUUCUGCCAGAUUCUUUUAAUUCUCUUUGCACUUGAUUGGAAUAAUAUUGAUAUUAAAUGAACACCUACAUAUGACAAUGUGCACCACCAAAAAUUUACAGUGAGCAAUAUGGUUCAACUCAAAUCUGUUUUCCAUGCAAAUCAAAAUCUGAGAUGAUGAUGGUGAUUUAAAGAAGAAAACAAAUUGGAGAUGAUGGUGAUGAUUAAGCAUACAAAUUCAUAUUUUUCAAGAAGAUAUUGUUUCUUUUUUGAAUCUCUAAUUUUAAAUGAUUCAUAAAGUUUUCAAUUUGUCACACUAGUCAUUUAUUUUUUUAUAUUCAUUGCUUGAUAGUCAUUUCUGAUUUGUAAAAAUUGUAAAUUUUUGUUUAAUAUUGUUACAUGGUGAGUACCGUCCACAAAACUCAUUUUCUUUCUGGGAAUUAAAAUAAUUUAAUAUACUUCUGAUCACAAGAAAUAUUGUUUGAAAUCUUGAAACUCAGUUAUAUUUCUUUAAUAAAUUGUAGUUAUGUUUAUUUAACAGAAAUGUAUUAAUUGCUGAAUUUCUCUUGAAAGUAAAGACAAAUAAAUUUGGUGUUGCUAAACUUU